CUGAAUUUGAAAUAAAGGAAAUGCGUAUAAUUCGUUAAACAGUCCACACAGUUUCGUAAUACGUCGGCAUUUUAAUCAUGGAAGACGAAAAAGAGAAUUCUUGUCCACGAAUGUAUGGCCACUUAUGCAAAUUCCAUUGGCGAGGCAUUGUACUAAUUGUGGCACCAAUUCUAUUACUGCCAAUCAUAAUACCAGGAUAUGAAAGGCCCUUACGUUGCCUAUAUGUAUUUUCCCUCAUGUCCAUUUAUUGGUUAACAACUGCUGUACCGUUACAAGUGACCGGUUUGUUGCCAUUUGUAUUGCUGCCAUUUCUGGGCCUUAUGGAUUCAACUCCGACGUGUAAACAGUACUUCACGGUACCGUUAGCGAUUUUCAUAGGAGGCGCUAUUGUGGGCCUAAGCAUCGAAUCCAGCAAUUUGGGUAAACGUGUGGCGCUCGGUUUAUUAACAAUGCUGGGAGUUAGUCCCAAACGCAUUAUCCUUACUCUCAUAUUGACUACCGGAUUUUUCUCGAUGUGGAUGCAGAACACAAUCACUACGGCAAUGAUGUUGCCCCUAGUAAAGGCCGUGCUCGACGAAUUCGAGGCGGGCGGGCUAAAGAUUAAGGAGGACAAAAAGCCUGAACAAGACGAAGAGAAUAGAGAGUCCUCACAUAUCGCCACUGGCUAUUACUUGGCAGUAUGUUAUUCGGCAACGAUUGGUGGCUGUGCAUCAUUAAUUGGGACUUCCACAAAUAUAGCAACAAAGGGUCUAUAUGAAAACUUAUUUGUGAAUGCCACGGACAUCAUUGACUUUCCCAAAGCGUUGGCAUACAAUAUUCCUUGGGUGCUAGUAGCCUUAGUGCUCUUGUACUUCACACUUUUAAUUACCCAUUUUGGUCUUUGUCGUCCCAAAAGUGUGACCGGUGCAGCACUUUCUAGCUUCACAAAAAGUUCUAACGAAGUUACGACUGCAGUUAAACAGAAAUUCGAGGAUAUGGGCCCGAUGAGCAUUCAUGAAAUUCAAGUUGCUAUAGUAUCUAUACUCAUGAUAUUUCUGCUUACAUUUCAAUCACCUGGAAUUAUAACGGGAUGGGCUGAUCCUAUGAAUAAGAAAGGUUUUAUUAAAGGAGCUACCCCAAUGAUUGCCGUGGUCGUAAUGCUCUUUUAUUUUCCAGCAAGGUAUACCUUUUUCAAAUUCUGCUGCGGCAAGGGUCCAUUUCCCCCCAGCGCUGAGAAACCUUUACUGUCAUGGAAAUACGUUAAUAACAAUUUCCCUUGGGGGAUCGUUUUUGUACUAGGUAGCGGGUUCGCGCUCUCAAAAACAUUUAUAGAGUCUGGGUUGUCUCUGUGGCUUGCUGAUAAAGUGUCCGCAUUCAGUGAAUUGCCAUUACCGGCUUUACAGUUAUUUUCUCUUUUGGUUUCGGCAUUUUUAACGACAUUUACUUUGAAUACGGGCGCGUGCAAUAUCGUUGUACCAAUUAUAGCUGAAAUUGCACGUAAUGCCCAAACGCAUCCACUAAAUUUGGUAUAUCCAGCUGGUCUGGGUUGCUGUGUCGCUUUCCUUUUACCAAUUAGUACGCCACCUAACGCCCUUGUAGCAGAACAAGCCAACAUAAGCUGGAAGAAAAUGUUUGUUGCCGGUCUAAUCCCCACGUUUACAACAACAAUUCUCAUCUAUCUGAAUUCCAUAUCUUGGCACUUCAUUGUAUUUCCAGCAACUAAAGAUUAUCCUGUUUGGGCUGAGCUCCAGAAGAAUUAA